AGCACGUGGAUCUUCCUUGUUGUCAGGCAGAACUCUUCAAUGAGGCUGCAGGUGCAGAGACAUAAGACUUGACCCUGCCUGAGCCAUGCCGGCCAACCUCACAGAGGGCAGCUUUCAUGCCAACCAGACUGUGCCGAUGCUAGAUUCUUCCCCUGUAGCUUGCACUGAAAUUGUGACUUUCACUGAAGCGCUGGAGGCUGAGGAGUGGGGCUCCUUCUACUCGUCCUUUAAGACAGAGCAGCUGAUAACCCUGUGGGUCCUGUUUGUCUUCACUAUUGUGGGAAACUCGGUCGUGCUGUUCUCCACAUGGAGAAGAAAAAGAAAGUCCAGAAUGACCUUCUUUGUGACUCAAUUGGCCAUCACAGACUCCUUCACAGGCCUGAUCAACAUCCUGACAGACAUUAUUUGGCGAUUCACGGGAGACUUCAUGGCCCCUGACCUGGUCUGCAGAAUCGUCCGCUACUUACAGGUUGUCCUGCUUUAUGCCUCUACCUAUGUCCUGGUGUCCCUCAGCAUAGACAGAUACCAUGCCAUCGUUUACCCCAUGAAAUUCCUUCAAGGAGAGAAGCAAGCCAAAGUCCUCAUCGGAAUAGCAUGGAGCCUCUCCUUCCUGUUCUCCAUCCCCACACUGAUCAUAUUUGGGAAAAGGACACUUUCCAAUGGUGAGGUACAGUGCUGGGCACUGUGGCCAGACGACUCCUACUGGACCCCAUAUAUGACCAUCGUUGCCUUUCUGGUGUACUUCAUCCCCUUGACAAUUAUCAGCGUCAUCUAUGGCCUUGUGAUCCGAACUAUUUGGAUUAAAAGCAAAGCCCAUGAGACGGUGAUUUCCAACUGCUCAGAUGGAGAACUAUGCUGCAGCUACAACCGAGGCCUCAUCUCAAAAGCAAAAAUCAAGGCCAUCAAGUACAGCAUCGUCAUAAUCCUUGCUUUCAUCUGCUGCUGGAGUCCAUACUUCCUCUUUGACAUGUUAGACAACUUCAACCUCCUUCCAGACACCAAGGAGCGUUUCUAUGCCUCUGUGAUUAUCCAGAACCUGCCUGCCUUGAACAGUGCCAUUAACCCCCUCAUCUACUGCAUCUUCAGCGGCUCCCUCUGCUCCCCCUGCAAGGUGCAAAGAUCCCAGGAUUCCAGAAUGACGUACCGAGAGAGAAGCGAGAGGCAUGAGAUGCAGAUUCUCUCCAAGCCUGAAUUCAUCUAAACCCCGAGGCAACAGUGCUAGGCUGAGCUCAGUCCCCUCACCCAGACCUUCACCAUCAGUUAGUGCAUGAAUCCUGAGCCUGUUCCUCCUCCUGCAUCAUCUACCAGAUACAUGAUGCAAACUUUCUAGUGAGGGCCUGCAAUCCAUGCACUAGCCAACAUGGUCUCAACACCUCUUUGUGUCAGCUUGGAAAGAUACUUUUCUUUCUAAUGUCUCCCAGCUCUUUGUCCCACAGCUCAGCAUCUGCCCCAGCAUCUGUGUCCUUGUGGACUGAUGACACAGGCAAGCAGAAAGAUAUUGGAGGGCUACCCUUGAGUCAUCUAAUUGCACUUUUGAAAGUAAAUAGGAGGACAACAAAGGUUAGACUUCUUUACACCAGGUUUAUAUUGGAAGUUUAGUGGGUGUAGAUGAGAUGUUUGCCCCUGAAAUGCCAAGAAAGUCACGUUCAGACCCUGCUACUGUAUACAUCUCCAUGUGGAGGAGAAGAUGUUAGCAGGAACGAGCUCCCAAGCGCUGUGAUUUGUGGGAAAGGACAGUACAGUCUCCUGUAAACCAAGGACACUAUGCAGGCACAUUCUCACCUAGCAGAAAAAUCACACCAAAUAGUGAUAGACCCUGGCCAUAACUCCAGAGAGAGAGAGAGAGAGAGAGAGAGAGAGAGAGAGAGCUGGAACCGUGAACUCACAGCUCUUUCAGCUGUGUAAAGGAGCUUCCCUUCCCUGUAUCAACAUUUAAGCCAACCUGUGCUCAUUCCACAUGCCUCAGGGACAUUUUUAGUCCCACUGUUAGUCCCAGAAUCCUCUUCCGCUGGGGACUCAGCUUCCUGGCUUCCCCAACAUGAUGUUCGUGCAAGCUCUUUGCUGUGUGCUGUAGCCUUUGCCUACCUGGCACCUCUGCAAGGAAGUGCUGGUCUUAUUUUGACAGGUCUGCAAUUCAGUAUUUAUAAGUAUAAUUCAAAUGAAAUAUGGCUAAAUGUUUUCUAGCCAUUUUUUUUCUUCAGAUUUUGCCAGAAGUGAAAAUGGCAUCAUUUGACUAUGUGUACAUCUCCACCCACAGCCCUAUGACGCACGUGAACACCCUAUUUUUAGCUUCUCAUUCAGUCUUUGACAUUGAAAUCUCCUUGGCAAAAUCCUCCCUUCCAGAGUUGAAACCUUUUCUUGUCCUUUUGGCUGACGGCUCGUUCAGUCGUUAACAUGUUCAGUCAAUUUUAAAAGCACCCCAUUCCUCAUUAUCUUAUCAGCCCAAAGACUGCCUGCUUAAGGUCAUGGUGGCAAUUUUUCCACAAAUUUCUUUUUCAAUUCCACCCGACAUUAGGGAAAGCAUCUCUUUAGGUAGAAAUUAGGCACUGAACUAACUGUCUCUCAGUUAUUAUUCCCUAUGUUUGAGGAGACAGAAUAAUCCACCUUUCUGUUCACACAACAGUUUUGAAAGCCACUUCCUUCUCCAUCCAAUCAGCUAAACGUGAGCAAGCAGAAGCAUGGAGUGGCUGAGAAGGACUUCUGAACAUUUCUCUUUAAAUCAUGGUGUGCCACAGAAGACUCACAGGACUGGUGCUGAAAUCGCUGCCUGCCUAGGAGCCAAUUAACCAGUAGAAUCUGGCGGGUGUCCUAGCUAGCAAAACAGAAGGCCAAGGCCCUUGAUAGAUACUUUCAAUCUCUGUCAAGUUCGGGUCUGCAAGACCUGUCACAUGCCGACACCAUCCCCUUAUCGAUUCUUAAAGAGAGAGUGCCCUGAAGGUUAUUUUGCCAUCCACAGUCUGUAAAGGGAGCUGUCAGGAGCCUGUGGCUCUCAUCCUCAUAGGAGCCAGGAGAUCAGUAAGGUAAUGGGACAGACUGCUGUAGGAAGGUGCCAUCUAUGUAAAACUAGCUUUACAUUGAGAUGGAGUCUGAAAUCUUCACCAGCCUUGUUUUCCCAACUUCGGAAACAGUUUAAGAAUGGCAGUCAUUAGUCCUAUGAUGCUGGAUGAAUCAUGCUGUGUCUCUGGGCACCACUAAUCUAUCUCUAACAGGGAGGCAAAAUAGCAGUGUAGCAGAGGAUGUUGAAGUUUAGAGGCUGUAAUGGAUUAAAUUAGACUUACACAGAGUGCUGCUUGAAUUCUCCCCUUUGAAGACUAACACUUCAGUGAGUCAAGGUUGAGUCAUGCCUCUUGGAGGUAUAAAUUUUCUCUGUACCAUAUGAACUCAGAAACUCAUGUGCAUCCCAACCAGGAAAGAGAAUGAUGGAAAAUUAUAAUGUAAACUACAGUUGCUAUUUGUAGCCCUUGAUGCUUCCAUGGGACCAGAAAUGGCAGCAAGGUGGUGUGUAAAAUAAAGGUGCCCACCUUCCACACCAAGAUGUAAAAUGUGUGAUGUUAUUUCACUGCUUCAAGGACAGGUAAAAGUUAGGCUAACAGGGCAAAUGUGUUUAAUAUAUUCAGUCACACUGCAGAAAAUAUCUCUGCUUUAUUGAACUAAAUUCAAUGUGAAUG